AGUAGCUGAGUGAAGUUGGCUGGCUGUGUGAGUCUUGUAGGGAGAAAGCGAUGACUGCUGUUGAGCGAGCUUUAAAAACCCAUUUUGGGUUUGAAAAGUUCCGAUCACAGCAGCAGGAGAAUGUUGUUAAAGCUGUGAUGAAAGGUGACAGGGAUGUGUUUGUGUGCAUGCCAACCGGGGCAGGGAAGUCUCUGUGCUACCAGCUUCCUGCAGUGCUGGCCACUGGCAUCACCCUGGUCAUAUCUCCUCUGAUUGCACUCAUACAGGAUCAGAUAGAGCACCUUAAAGCGUUAAACAUACCGGCAUGUUCCAUAAACUCGAAGCUUCCGUCUGGAGAGAGGAAGCAGAUCCUGGCUGACUUGCAUAGUGAAACUCCUCAGCUCAAGCUGCUGUAUAUCACUCCAGAGAUGGUGGCUUCUCCGUCCUUCCAGCCGUGCCUGAGCUCCCUGUGCUCCCGCAGUUUGCUGGCCUGCCUGGCAGUUGAUGAAGCCCAUUGUGUGUCUCAGUGGGGUCACGAUUUCAGACCUGACUACCUGAAGCUGGGAGACCUGCGCACCCGUCUUCCCGGCGUCCCCUGUGUGGCCCUGACGGCGACGGCACCCAAGCGGGUGCAGGAGGACAUCGCACGGUCUCUGAAACUACGAUCCCCACUCACUUUUACCACUCCAGUGUUUCGGAAAAACCUGAAAUACGACGUGAUAUUUCGAGAUCUGCUGCCUGACCCUUAUGUUCAUCUGCAUGCGUUUGCUAAGGAAGCACUCGGGGGAUGCUCCACUGAGAAGGGUUGUGGGAUUGUAUACUGUCGCACAAGAGAGAGCUGUGAGGACGUCGCACACAGAUUGACUAAGCUUGGGAUUUUGGCUAGGCCCUACCAUGCAGGUCUGAAAACAGGAGAUCGCACUGAUUCCCAGGCUGAUUGGAUGGAGGGAAAAGUGCCUGUUAUUGUGGCCACUAUCAGCUUCGGGAUGGGUGUGGACAAGGCCAACGUGAGGUUCGUAGCUCACUGGAACGUGGCUAAGUCCUUGGCCAGUUAUUAUCAGGAAUCAGGACGUGCCGGCCGCGACGGACUUCCCUCUUCUUGCCGCGUCUACUACUCUCCCAAAGACAGAGACCAACUCCGAUUUCUCAUCUGUAAAGAGAUCAACCGCAAACAGGAAAAACGAGGUUCAGAGAAAGAACAGGACAAAGCACCCUUGCUGGACUUUGACGCCAUGGUUGCUUUCUGUGAACAAGAAGGAUGCAGACAUGCCACUAUAUCGAAGUUCUUCGGGGACCAGACGCCAAACUGUGCCGGUGCUUGCGACUACUGUCGUGAUCCUAAACUCGUCCGUGCUCAACUGGAGAGAGCCGCUGCCCUCAGCACGAGGACUGGGCCAGCGCAGGGCUCCGAGAGCAGGGGACCUUUUGGUUUUGACCGCGAGCUCUACGGAGGAGGGAAGAAAGGCUACGGUUUUGAGAGGUACGAUGAGGAGUGGGAGGGUGGUGCUGAGGAUGACUCUGAGAAACGAAAAAAAGAGUUUGGGGAUUUAUUCAGGAAACAGAUGAACCUACGGAAGGGAUCAAGUGGCCCAAAAGAGACAUUUACUCCACCAGAUGCUGACUGUCCGUUAAAGGAGGCGAGCAGUCAGAGAAUCCCAAGACUCACAGUGAAGGCACGAGAGCACUGUCUGACUCUUCUCCAGGCAUCUCUGACUAACCACCGAGGCACAACAGAUCAGUCAAUCAGCUCUGAUCCACUUUCCACGGCGGUGGAAAUAGAGCAUGAAGUGUUCCGAUCUUGCAAGACGGCAAACCUGUACAAGGCUGCAGUUCUCAAGAGAGUAGCAGAGCUUAAGAAGGGCAACAGUGAUACUGUAGUGCCACCUGUGGACGAGGAUGAGGAAGCAUGCAGCUCCGGUGUGAAUGAAGAGAAAAGGAUGCAAGAAGAAGCAGCCGCCUCCUCUUCUUGCUCAUCUGUACCUGAAGAUCAGCUGGGCUUUACAUCCGCGUCUCAGAUCUAUUCAAUGAAGCGAAAGCGAGUGGGUGCGGGAUUCCGCGGCUCAUCCACGCUCUUCCAGUCCGCAUCGGAAUUUCUGAAGACUUCCAAGAACGAGACUCUAACAUCAACGCCCGUGUCUGAAGUAUCUGCUCACAAUGAAGAGGAGCAGGAAGGAAAGCCUGAGACGAAGAGAAGCAAAACAUCUUCAUCUGUCUCCUCAUCCUCCAGCAGCCUCAGCAAGAUGUCAGGCAAAGCUCUGAGUAAGAAACAGCAGAAAUUAGCAGAAGCAGCCAAGAACUCGCACUAUAUCUCUCACUACUUUGGAAAAAAGGUUAUGGAUGAAACCCCCAAAAAUGGUGAGGCUACGGUGUUGGAAGCUGAGGAGGAGAUUGUGGAAACUCCACACAACCACAAUAGCAAUAACACUGAGACUCAACAUGAACGUUCAAUGGAUAUGGAUAUGGAUAUGGAAUGCACUGAAAUGAACGCAAGACCAGUGGAGAAGCAGACUCUGGAUGAUCUUCCCAUGGAUAUAAGCACUACAGAGGUAGAGACGCCCGGGACUGAGAAGGCCACUCAGGGCUUUGAGGAGAGAACAAUGCUUGAGGCUGAAGGGAAGAAGUCAAAGCGUGAUGCUGAGGCACAACCAGAAAAGCCCUGUGUGGACACAGAGUCACGCUCUCAACCCCCCACCAAACACAACCGUCCACCUGACAGCAAGCGCAGGGUGACCUUUGACCCUGUGGUGCAAGAGAGAAAGAUGGAGGCAGACAGCGAUGCCAAUCACAUGUCACUCCAGCCUGUGACUCUGAAAGAAGCAGCUGAUAUUGUUGUGAGAAUCUUGGAUCCUUUCUACAAAAAGGGCAAAUUUGCUACAAAGGACCUGUUCAAGUCAUUUGCACGCUUCCUGUCUCAUCUGCUUGUAGAAGGAAAAGCGAAAGAUCGAGUCAAAGUGAAAAUGGAGGCGAAGAGCUUAAUCAAGCGGCUCUUCAGCAGCAUCCAGCGCUGUGAAAACCAGACAGACUGGAAACACCUGCAAGAUGCAGCCAAACCCAGUGCAGCGAACAGAACUGCAGCACAGGAGGACAGAUAGAGCUUCCUGCCUUAUGCUACCCCCCACCAAAUCCCUAGAUCACCCCAACAGGUCCCAGACCACCCCCAAACCCCACCACUCUGCCCAUACAACCCCAAUACCACCCCCAACAACCUCCAGACCACCACCAAACCCCAUCUCAGAUGCUUUUGGGUAAAGCUACCCCUCUCUCAGGGACUGGUUGUGCAUAUCAGAGGCUGCUGCUUACAAGAAGGCAACAUUUUUCAGCAAAUGGCCCUCGUUUGCUUCUACUAGUGCACUUUAAUGGCAGGUGCUGAGAAUUUAUUUUUUUUAUUCAUUACUGUGAUGUAGCUUUAGCUCCUAGCUGCUACUUUAGAUGCUGCUAAGUAUGAGGGAAUUAUGGAAAUUAUGGAAUUAUUUUAACAAUGGUUAAAAUACCAAAAAAAAAAAAAAAAUUAAACAGUUUUGUUUUACGCAACUCCUAAUUUAUUUGGUUUUCUUUGCUUUAGGUAAAAUGGGUAUUGUUUAUGUUUUUUCUGUGGUCUCUCGUUAUGAAGGGAACAGACCUGAUGCCUGAUUGACUUCCAUGUAAAACACUAAAUAAAUAUGUAGUGCCAAUCAUAUGUAAUGUAGUUCCAAUGAGCUACAAUGAACUUUUCAGUGUGACUGUUAUGACUAUAUGUACAUUUGUACAAUGUGAUAUGUACAUUUACUCUCAUCAUGCACUCUCCAUACGCAUGGAGUUAUUCAAUCAGCCAGUUAUGUGGCAGCAGA